AGAUUUACGUCGAGCAUAAAUCCUGCCGCGUAAAUCCCGUUUGGCAGGAUUUACGCUAAAUCCUGCUCAAAUCCGGCCUAAAUCCUGUUGCUAAACAGCCCCUUCGGGUUUACUGAAUAUGCGAUUUAAGUUAAAACGGGGACAAAGGGGAUUUAAGAUUCUGAUGCAUUUAAGUUCAACCCUAGACUUAGCUCCUCUUACAAAGGAACAGAAGGAGAAAGCUGAGAGCUCGCAACUCUACCGCCCAAUCUUAGUAACUAAACUGCAUCACCGCCUAACUUCUCCUGAGCGCCAACCAAUUCAAGAGUUCCCCGACCUCCUCCGCCGAUCUCGUUUUCAGAAAAAAAAGAAAUCUAUUUGACGACUAGAGGUAUGUCAACAUUUGAAUUGUAUAGGAGGUCCACCAUUGGCAUGUGCUUGACAGAAACACUAGAUGAGAUGGUCUCCAAUGGAACCCUUAACCCAGAGCUUGCCAUUCAAGUACUUGUGCAGUUUGAUAAGUCGAUGACAGAGGCUUUAGAAAAUCAAGUGAAGAGUAAAGUAUCUAUCAAGGGACAUCUUCACACAUAUAGAUUCUGUGACAACGUCUGGACCUUCAUCUUACGGGAUGCAACUUUUAAGAAUGAGGAGUGCCAGGAGAAUGUUGGCCGGGUAAAGAUUGUAGCUUGUGACUCAAAGUUGCUUGCUCAGUCCUAAGUGCAUCUCUCUCUCUCUCUCUCUAUAUAUAUAUAUAACAUGAAUACUAUAUA